AUGACGUUGGCAUAUGUCUUGUGUCUAGCCGCGGCCUGCUAUGCCUGGCCCUCGUACGGUGGUCUCCACGACCCCAGCAACUGCAACCCGCUGGCCAAAGAUUCGCACUGCCCUCCCAACGUGGCCUUUGCGGGCAAGAAAUCGUUCAACUUUGAGGGCGCCAGUCACAACAAGGACUUCGAGGACUUCUGGAUUGUGGACGACCAGACUAAGGAGGACCACGAUCGCCUCAAGUUUGUCGGCAACGGCAACGGCGUGGAAGUCAGCAUCACGGAGCAGAAGAAGGCCCCGACCUUGACUAGCCACCAGUACCUUUUUUUCGGCAAGGUCACCGUGAGAGCCAAGGCCGCCAAGGGAACCGGCCUGGUCACCACCAUCGUUCUCAAGUCUGACUCUGGCGACGAGAUUGACUGGGAGAUGCUCGGGGCCUUCCAGAACCAAGCCCAGUCCAACUACUACUACAACGGGCAGCCGCUCUUCAACACGUACAACACCACCUACGCCAUCUCGUCUUCCUCGUACGACGACUUCCACGACUACACCGUCGAGUGGACCGACAAGGCCCUCACCUUCUCCAUCGACGGCGCCGAGCGCCGCACCUGGCAGCCCGGCGAGAUCCCCGCCGACAAGUGGCCGCAGACGCCCAUGCGCGUGCAGCUCGGCCUCUGGGCCGUCGGCCGGCGCGACGACCCCGGCGAGAUCUCCUGGGCAGGCGGCGCCGUCGACUGGUCCGGCCAGCCGUUCGCCGCGGCCUUUCACUCCGUCCAGGUGGAGGACUAUGCCGGCUGGUGCGAGGAGGUGGAGGAUGGCCGCGUCGAGUACCAGUACGACAACAAGACGAAGGGCUGGGCGGACGUGCGCGUCGCGGGGUGCCGCAAGAGGCGCGAGCCGGGCGUCACGGCGCCGCCGCCGUCAGGUACGUCGUCGCCCUCCUCCUCCGCCGGAGCAUCCCCGACCGAGUCGGCCAAUGCUGAGCCUACAGAUAAAGGCGGCGAGAAGCCGGAUGACAACGAGGGAGCCGGCGCGAUGCUAGUGCCGUCUGCCGCAUGGGCCUUGAUGGCGGGUCUAGGCGGCAUGCUAUUCUUUUAG